AUGCUCUUCAAGUCGUCGAUUCUGGCCCUCCUGGCCUCUCAGGUCUUUGGUGCUUUUGCCCAGGACACUUCUGAUGCCAACGCCCCUCCUCCCAAUGUCGCCCAGCUCAAGGCCGAUGUCAGCGCCAGCUUCCCCGACGCCGACAUCUUUGGCGUCAAGCUCGUCAACGGUCGUCCCACAAAGGCCGUCAUCGAGGUCAACAACCGCGACGAUGGCCCCAUCCAGAUCGCCUUUGUCGGCGGCACCCUCUCCACCACCAAGGAGCUCCCCGCCGAGAAGCCCGCCUACGAGGCCAUCGUCCGCAACCUGACGGCCGUCCAGUACAACCUUGAGAUCCCCGCCGGCGAGAAGAAGGAGCUCCCCUUCUCCUUUGCCCUCGACAUGCAGCCUCAGGAUGUUCUCCUCCGUCUUGUUGCCGUUGUCUCCGACACCAAGGGCAACAUCCACCAGGUCCAGGUCCACAACGCUGCCGCUUCCAUUGUUGAGGCUCCCACCAGCUUCCUCGACCCCCAGAUCAUCUUCCUCUACCUCUUCCUCUCCGCCGCCUUCGCCGGUACCCUCUACUUCGUCUACAAGACCUGGAUCGAGGCUCUCUUCCCCCAGGCCAAGCGCACCCGCUCCACCAAGAAGGCCAAGAAGGUUGAGACUGCUGAGCCCCUCUCCGGCUCCGAGGCCACCGGCGCUGCCACUGGCUCUGGCAAGGACUACGACGAGAGCUGGAUCCCCGAGCACCACAUCAACCGCCCCGCUGCCCGACGCGUCAAGUCCAGCGCCAGCAACAAGAACAAGAAGCUGGAGUAAAGAACCUUCCAACACCUUGCUGGGCUUUCUCCGGCUCCGGCGUCGUCACGAAAUGUCGAGAAUAAUCUCGACGUGACGCGCCAUGUAACGAGUUUCCGAGGCGGUGGGCAGAGACGUCCGCUUCCCGUGUAUUCUUUCAUUUUCGGGUAGACUAGGGGCGAGCGCGUCACAGGCUGGCAGGCAGGGCAUGAUUUCAAUCGCAUGAUGGACGGAUAUGCGCAAAAUGGUUGCUGCAAUGUACAUUACCUGUGCCAAAAUUGAAUACCACGUCAUGAUAUGGGUGUUCGCACUGAUUC